GCAAACUGUAAAAAACACUCCUGGAAAAUGUUGGACGAUGGCAACGUGGAGGACGACAUCGACCUUCGGUUGGUCAUGGAGGCCGUGAACAAAGUGCUGCAUCGCCGUCAGUACUUUCGAGAGAAGCAGAGAUCCCAUCGACGAAGAAAACGGGACGAUAUCCGUCGUCUGCGUAGUCAAGUUGACGAGCUGGAGGCUCUUGCUGAAAACUUGCGUGCGGCCGCCCAGGCGAAACGCAAGUGUUCGACAGAUCGGAUGUGCAGUCUUGACGACGACGGCGGGUUGUCAUGGCGCACUAUUGCUGCCACAUUUCGCCAAGAAACUCGUUCAACUCUGGCUGAAUACACCGAACUGGUCGAGGUGUUGCGCCGCCAUCGCGGUCUUCUCACUCGGAUGCAAAUGUGGGUGGAGCAGAAUGACGUGGUUCCAGUCGUGCCUCGGUCAAUCAUCCGAUGGCAGCAAGUGACGCUGAGCAACGACCCAGUUACGAGAAAACUGACCAAGGAAUGGGCGACCCAGCAAAUGUACCACAACACCGGCGCUGCAUUUCAAGCGUUUCCUAUGUCGACUGGUUGCGACGACUUUACUACGUUUGACUUGAGCAUCAACGACAAGUGGGUCAACGCUGUCGAGUUUUCGCAGUACAUUUGGGACGCGCCGAUGGAACUGGUCGUGCACAUGCUUCGCCACCACAUGCAAGAGUUAUCCAAGAUCGAUCCGUCGUCGGUGUCAUUCGAAUGGACUGAAAACACUGUCGUGUUGCAAACGACGCUGCCAGACGGCGAUGCCGCGACGGCCGUCGUCGCACACUUUCAUGAAGCCGAGCGAUGUGUCGUGGUGAUGCGGCACCUUCAGAGCGACGACGCUUUCCGUGACGAAGAUGGCACGCCGCUUCGAGACUCGCGGUCGCUGGUAUGGUUUGACUUGCGACGACUUGGGACUGGACAAACAGUUGCGCGAGUUGCCAACUUGACGUCGAUCCACUUAAAGCCGUCGGGCCAAGGCAGCAUCGACGCGUUUGCGGCAAGCAUGGGUCUCGACUUGACUAACGUCGCCGAUGGCGAAGUACCCCACGUCCUUCGACAGUACGGCCUUAAGAAAGCCCGCGAGUCCGACAUUGAGAUGCGGUCGCACAUCCUCGUCGUGUUGGAGCGGGUUCGCGCCAAACUCACGGUAGGGUGUGGACGGCAGCAUUGACCUGGUCAUGACGAUCCCUGUCUACAAUGGAAGCGGAACUCUCAGCCCGUCCAACAUGCUUGGAUAUGCGUGGCAGUGUGGAUGCCCAUCUGUGUGGCGGCUCUUGACGGUGUCUCUGGUGUUGCUUGGAACCGUCGCUUUUGUCUACGGUCAGAGUGUGAUGUCCACUUUCAGGCGGCUUUGUCGACAUGUUCGCCAUGGGCACACCAGCAGCUGCACAUUCAACCGCGACGGACGGAGGAAUCCGCGCUCGACCGUGCUUUGUCUGGACUUGAGACUUUUGGAAUCACGACCUGUUCGACGGAAUGUCGCCACCGCCUGCAGUUCAAGAAUGGCCAGGGGGCGGCAGCAGCAGAAUAGGCGGCUCAACGGGUCGAAUUCGUACCAGAGAAGCAUCGGAGUCAUCGCCGGAGCGCGCACGAGCAGCACAUGCAUCUCGAGAUCCAUUAGCAGAGUACGUAGAGCUCUUGCAUCGACUGCGGCGACGUAAUCAUGCAACCCCUCGUCCAUCCUAUGAAGUCGCUGAAACGGGACUGCGAUGGGGGCUGGUACAUGCAGUUUGUCGAAAAGACGUGGGCGCGGCCCGAGCCGACACUGAAUCGCUUGCCAAGGCGUUGUGCAGCCAGCCGGCUCAAGGGCAUCAGAUAUGGAACGCCCAUAACAUGUGCAGCUUGGACAUCUCACGGGCAACGCGUCGCCCUCGCACAGUCUGGCCAAGUAGUGGGCGACACAGAAUUCGACCGACAACACGACCGCCGCCUUUGUCCCGCUUCUUUUUCCCUCCGAAGUGGACGACGAGUGCAUACAUUGUCAGCACGACGAUCGAUGUCUCGGCAGCGAAGCCGGCAACGCGCUCGCAGUGCUUUGUGCCGCUGGAGAUGGCUC